AUGGAGUUUGGAUACAUCUAUUUAUGGGUGAUUGAAAAUCUAAGGAUGAAGAAAUUUUUUCCGGUACUUUCUAGAGACAAAGCUACUUCUUCGACGAAUCUAGAAGCAUCGGAAACUCAACAUUCAAAUGAGGUUAUCAAAGUUGUUGAUUAUGAAUUGUUGGAAACGGAUCCAGGAAUCAGGCCUCCAAUUUCAAGCUAUCAUCCUGACAUCCAAAAUGAGGGGCCAUUUCUUGAGUUGGUGGACACUUUAAAGGAAAUUAACCCCGAGAUAGCUAGUGUAAUAGAUUGUGCUCCGGGAAAUAACCUUAUGACUGCCCCUAAGAUUCAAAAAGAUCUUGCCGCUGCUUGUGCUUGUGAAAUAACUCAACAAAUUAUAUGUGAUAUUGCGGAUGAUGUGUUUUGUGUUUUGAUUGACGAAUCUGGUGAUGUUGCUGGUAAAGAACAAAUGGCUGUUGUUAUUCGUUAUGUUAAUUGUGAAGGUUUGGUAAAUGAAAGGUUUCUUGGCAUUGUAAGUGUUAAAGAAACAAGUGCUAAGUCACUUAAGGAGGCACUUGAGAAGUUGUUGUCUAUUAAUGGCUUGAGUUUAUCUAGCAUUAGAGGGCAAGGGUAUGACGGAGCUAGCAAUAUGAGAGGUAAGUUUGGUGGUUUGAGAACUUUAAUCCAAAAUGAGAAUCCAUCUGCUUAUUAUGUGCAUUGUUUCGCCCAUCAACUUCAACUGGCACUUGUUGCAUGUGCUAAGACUCACAAAGAUGUUAGUGAUUUUUUUGGUAAGGUUAAUAUGCUUGUUAAUUUCAUACGAUCUUCUAAUAAGAGACAAGAAUUGCUUCGGGACAAACAAGUAACUCAGUUUGCUAAAUUGAUUGAAGAGGGUCAGAUAGAGACUGGUAGUGGAUUAAAUCAAGAAUCAUCUAUUGCUAGAGCAGGUGACACUCGUUGGGGUUCCCACUUUAGGACUCUCACUAGUUUGAUGACUUUGUAUGGUGCCAUUAUUGGGGUUCUUGAAGAAGUUGGGAAUGACACGUCAUUUGAAAAAUAUGGUGAAACUAUGCUUUUGUUAGAUGUGCUUCAAUCUUUUGAUUUUAUCUUCAUGUUAUAUAUGAUGGUUGAGAUUUUAGGAUUUACAAAUGAUUUGAGUGUAGCGUUACAAAAGCGUGAUCAAGAUCUUUUGAAUGCUUUGUCACUUGUUAAUGCUACCAAACAAGAAUUACAAGAAAUGAGGAAUGAUGGAUGGGAAGAACUUAUAUCUAAGGUUAUAGAAAUUUGCAAUAAGCAUGAGAUUGAUGUACCUGAUAUGGAUGCACCGUAUGUGCAAGGGAAAAAACCUAGGCGACACGCUACAACUUCUAGUGUUUCUAAUUUGCAUCAUUAUAAGCACGAUUGUUUGUUUAAUGUUUUAGAUUUGCAGUUGCAUGAGCUCAAUGCAAGGUUUGAUGAAGAGAAUACUGAACUUUUACAAUGUGUUUCAUGUUUGAGUCCUUCAUCAUCAUUUGCAGCUUUUGAUGUGAAAAAAUUACUAAGGAUGGUUGAACUUUAUCCAAAUGAUUUUGUAGAUGUGCCAGAAGUGGUGGUGCGACAUCAACUUCAAAAUUAUGUUAGAAAUGUUCGAAGUGACCCAAAAUUUGCAAAGUUAAAAGGGCUUUCAGAUCUUUGUGCAAAACUUGUGGAAACAAAUAAGUGCAACACAUUUGAUAUGGUUUAUAAGCUUCUGAAGUUGGCUUUAGUCUUGCCGGUAGCAACUGCAAGCGUGGAACGUGUUUUUUCUGCCAUGAAAUUUGUGAAGAGUCAGUUAUGUAAUAAAAUGAGUGAUCAGUGGUUAAAUGAUCGUCUUGUAACUUUUAUAGAAAGAGAUGUUCUUGGAACAAUUAACAAUGAUGUUAUUUUAGCUCAUUUUCAAGAAAUGGAUGGUAGACGAUUUUCAUUGUAA